AUGGCUCCCAAAAUCGAUGAUUCUAUGCCGGCGCGCAUAUCCUCCGAUUGCCCAGACGACAUUCGGGAAGUCUUGUACCAUGCCUGGGGCCAUGAUAGAAGUGGCCUACAGAAACUGCUAAAAACCACCGGCAAAGCAAAUGCUCAGGACCCCAAGACUGGGGAGACACCCUUACAUGCAGCUAUCCGUGCCUGCGGGCCUGCUUCUGGGGACGAUAAGGACCAGGAAGAGGAUGGCUCCGUUGAAGAGGCUAAAGAGAUAGUUCACGACCUCUUCUUGAGAGGUGCGAUCUGGAACGAUGUCGAUAGCAACAAUGAGACACCAGGGUGCCUUGCCCUUAGACUUGGCCGCAAGCCUCUAUACAACCUUUGUGUAGAGGCUGGAGUGCGAGCUGAACUCCUGUUCGCUCUUAUGGGGGAUUAUGAAGCACUAUCAUCUGGUUCAGAUGACGGUGACGAAGAGAUGGAAGCUGAGCAAGAUGGCGAAGAGGCUCCUCAACUGGUAUCCGCUGAAGACACCGCCCCUCAUCCAGAAGAACCCAAGUUCAUUCCCCCCGAUGCUCAAGAGAAGCAAGUCACAAGUGAGGAAUAUCUAAAUUCGAAACUUGUAUAUGAUGAUGCCAAGCUCGUCGACUCCGACCUCAACGGUGUCAUGAUGGCAUGGGAGACCGAUAUCAUGCGCCGGUCGGUUGCUGCUCUGAUUCCCGACUCAGCCCCUGGCAAACGUAUCCUGAACAUUGGUUUCGGCAUGGGUAUCGUCGAUGGUAUGUUCGCUGAUUUGAAGCCCUCACGCCAUCACAUCAUCGAGGCACACCCAAGCGUUCUUGAGCACCUCUCCAAGGAUGAAUCCAAAUUUGGCCCUAGUUGGGAGAAGAGCGGCCCUGAAGAGGGCGCCUUUAAGGUGCACAAGGGCAAGUGGCAAGAUAUCGUGCCAAAACUACUGGAAGAUGGUGAGGUUUAUGAUGCCAUUUACUUCGACACCUUUGGCGAAGACUACUCUCAGCUACGUCACUUCUUCUCUGAGUGCAUCAUUGGCAUCAUGGACCAGGAUGGAAAGUUUAGCUUUUUCAAUGGCCUUGGUGCUGACAGAAAGAUCUGUUACGACGUAUACACCAAGGUGGUCGAGAUGCAGUGCGCCGAUGCAGGGCUCGAUGUCGAGUGGGAGGAGAGUGAUGUGGACAUGUCUGGCCUAGAAAAGGCUGGUGAGGGAGAGUGGGAGGGUGUACGGAGACGAUACUGGACCCUAGACAAAUACCGGCUGCCUAUUUGCACAUUCAUGGGCUAG